CGGCGAUAGAAGUUUCUUUUCAGUUGAUAAUAUUUUGAACGCUGUUCUCCUUUGUGUUCCGACCUGCUAAUUUUUAUCGAUAAUUGCUUUUCUGUUUUGACGCGAGUUUCGCGGGCUUUACUGCAUCUGACGUGUCACGCGUGGCUCUUGCAUCUCGACUUUACGCGUCGUAGGACGUUCUUGUUUAAUCUUGUUAUGAUGUUAGUGGUGUGGUUUCGCAUUAUCCGCUUUAUUGACUUAGCGUGUGGGUGGCUUUUGGUCUCGUUAGGUAGACCUGUGGUGAAGGUAUCGUAACCGGGGCCCCAUAUGACCAUCGUCGUCAUUUAUUGCUUUAAUUGUUCAUGUAUUUUAUAUUUCAUUCUUAUUAACUGCUUUCUAAAUUUAGUUGCUAUUUUUAUGCCAAUAACGUUAUCGUUCACGUUUCCUGUCAGUUUCUUGUCGAUUUAGGCCUUUGGAGCGUUAUCAUAUUCAACCGUUUUACAAUAAACGCGUAUGACAUGGAACAUCUGUGUGCCUAAAUCUGACAAAGUUGAAUAUGACGCAUUGUUGAAGAAGUCGCCAAAUACUGAAGACUCUGAAGCAACAGUGGCUUCAUCGUCGACGAGUAUGGAAGAAAGUAAAUCCGUAACCGAUAAUAUAAUUGAGAGCUUGCCAUUCUUAACCACACUCAGACAAAAGCGUGUCAACAUAGAGACCGAGCUUAAAUCAUUGUUGACCAAUAGCCGGAAUUUGAUAAACGAAAAGGCUCGAAGAUCGCAACUGGCAUGCAAUAAAGCAGAGUUAUAUUUUAAACUGGCCGCUUAUAAUCAAAUUAUAUCGAACAUAUUACCUCAAAUUCGCAAUGCAGAGUCAAAAGCUGCUUUCGAAAAAGGCGUUCGGAGCGUGAUAUCUGAAGUUGAAGGUAUGAUCGAUGAAAUUGAUAGUUACAUCGACCGCGAACCUGAAACAUCGUGCGUGGCACCUGACGAAAAGAACUCUAAUGUUUCAAGCGGAAGUCUGAAAGAUAACAAUCAGCCAGCUCUGGCCCAACAGCCGAAUGGUGAAAUGGGGGCGGCGAUUGACCAACUACGAGAGUCUAGCUUGGCGGAGAACGUAACCCACGAACCACAAAGACGAGAACUCGAUGAUCGUCGAGAGACACCAUCUCUCCCAAAGAGUAGCUUUAUGAACACCAGGUUCAAUGACUUUGACGAACGCGAUAUGUUAGAAUCAACUCGGGGAAAAAGUGCCCGCUUUGAACCGGAGACUUUUACUACGACAGAUACACGUCGUGAAUAUACGAUUUCUUACACUUCAAGACAUUAUCAAAAUCCUUCACCAGCAAACCAGAUUCCAUUGCCAGACCAGUCGGUAGACUCCUGGAUCGAUAAUCUCCAACCAAAUCAAGCAGGAUCUAGAACGAUAAAUGAUAAAAUUUCUCUAGCUGAGCAAACGUGUUUAUCUUUGAGUUUAAAUUCUAAAAUGUGGGCUGAGCAUCAUUUGCCGCCGGUUCAAAUAAGUCCGUUUGAUGGUAGUGCUAUAAAUUGGCCUAAUUUCAUUGAAUUGUUUUAUGAAAAUGUGCAUUCACGGUUGGACGACGAUGUUAUUACCAUUCCUUGA